UAGAUUAUAACUGUAUCAAGUUCGUAAUUAUCAAUUAUUUGAACACGACGAAUCUGUUAGCACUGGCUUUUCGGCAUUAUUGAUUUUGUCUAAGCCAAAAUUGUUAAAAGAUGCUUACUUAGGCAGCGUUUACAUAGAGCCCGUAGUGAGUUCAAACCGGUUUGAGAUUUCACUACGGCUGCGAUUUUCAAUACGGUUGACGGUCAAGUUUCUAAUAGCGUUUACAUGAGUACACCCGUACUCAAAGUCAAACCGGUUUGAAAUUAACUACGGAGUGAGAAAUAGGUUUGAGAUUUAAAACCGGUUUGAAAAGCUCAUGUAAACAGGACCGCGGACCGGUUUGGCUGUAUCGAUGUAUCUACGCAUGCGUCAAUUAUAUUAUACACAUGCGCGAAUUUGAUAAAUCUUGUUGCCGCAUGCUGGCUGUCUUUCUUUUCGAAAUGGACAACAACAACGCAAGUGCUUCGUGUUCUUCGUCAUUUUUAAAUUCAAACAACUUCAAGAAACGAAGAUUAGGCUUAAGCAAAAAAUCAGUUUCCUCAGCGACGAUGUCAGAGGAUCUAGAGAGUGAUGUUUCAAAUUUUUACAGCCAUUCAGAAAAUCAGUUAGAAACAAUCAAUAUCAGAGAUAUUCAUGACGAUUUUCCGGAUGAGCCACCACCACCACCACCACCACAACCACAGCACAGAAAAAAUAUUGCUGGACAAAAAAGAAAGCAAGCAGACGUUUCCACCAGAAGAUGGACAUGGAGUAGUGAGAUGGUCGAAUCUCUUUUACUCAACCUAAAUGAGUAUAAGAGUUCAAAAACAUUUGAGGGGCUUGACUUUGAGGCUGAUUUCAUUAAAAUGUAUGGAGAUUUAAGGUCCAUGAUGAGUAGAAUGUACCCGGUCUCUGAUUUUGGCCCCGAAUCAAUUCCAGCAAAAGAAGAGACCGAAACAAAUAUGGAAUACAAAAAACGAGUUGAGCAGUUGGAUAAAUCAAAAAAAGAAGGGUACGCCCGCAUAAAAAACAAAAUUAGAGAACUGAGACGUGGGUACAAACAUGCUGUAGAUAAAGGUACUCGUUCUGGUUCGGGAAGACUUGUUGCUGAACAUUACAACAUUUUGAAGGAAAUUUGGGGUGGUUGUCCUUCAGUGACAGCUAUACCGCAAGGUAAAGUUUCACUGAAUAUUGAAGAAGACAACAUCGUUUCGGAGGAUGAGGAGUCGGAAGCACCUGUGAUACCGGAGGAGGGACGUGAAGCACCAGAGGAAGCACGUGUAAUACCGGAGGAUAAAGGAAAAUAUAAAAACAUGCAAAAAAAAUUAUCUGCGCAUCAACGAGAUAUGGUGUUAGUUGACUUAACACGGGAAGAGCUAGAGAUAAAACGUCAAAACACUGAAUUGUUGCGAAAAUCACUGGAAGGGACAGAGCAGGCAAUAAAAGCAAUGACCGAAUCAAUAAAUUCUAUUGGAAAUGGAAUAAAGGACGGCCUAGGACUUUUGGCCAAUGCAUUUUUACAAUCUCAAGCACAACCAGCUCCUCAUCCUCCAUAUCCUUAUUACAAUCAAGGUUUUCACGCACCACAAUAUCAACAACCGUUUAUGUCUCCACCUCAAACACCAAGGAGAACUGAAGAAAAAUAGACUUUAGUUAUUGUAUAUAUUUUUUGUAAUAUUUUUUGUACAUAUUUGUAUAAAAAGCUUGAUAUAUUUUUAAAAAAAAUGUUGAAAAAACUUUAUAUAUAUAUUUUAAAACAUUAUUUUUAUUAUUUAGACUUUUUCAUAG